CAAUCUUUAACGCUAGAUAGCGCGCUCGUCGAUCACGAAUUAGCGAACAUAAGUGAACUAUUAUUCCAUAUAAGCUUGCUUUUUUGUACAUUUAAGGUGAUCGUCGUGAACGUAGAACGUUCUGUUUUCUCAGGCAACGAGACAAAUACAAAAAGCAUCGAUAAAGAUACCGUCCAAGAGGGCUAUUCAGCCUUUUUGAUAACAUGAAUGAGUCUAAGCAAAGAACUAGCGAUAUGGAAGUAGAUGAUAAUAAUGUAGCUCCGGUGGAAGUACCAAUGGAAGUUGAUGAAGAUACAUCAGAAAGAGAUCCCAAAGCAUCUGCUAAUCUUACAAGUGCGAUCAAAGUCAUGGCAUCUUCUGGUACAGUUGGUUCAGUGUCUAUCAGUUUACACCCUUUGGUUAUCAUGAAUGUUAGCGAACAUUGGACUAGAUUAAGAGCUCAAGAAGGAACUGAACAAUUAGUAUAUGGAGCGUUAAUAGGAAAACAAAAAGGACGUAAUAUAGAGAUUAUGAAUUCCUUUGAGUUAUUGUUUACAUGCAUUGGUGAUGAUGUUAUCAUUGAUAGGGAUUAUUAUAAUACAAAAGAGGAACAAUUUAAACAAGUCUUUAGUGAAAUGGACUUUCUUGGAUGGUAUACUACAGGAGAUAUGCCUAACGAGAGAGAUAUUAGAGUACACAAACAGAUUUGUGAAAUCAAUGAAAGUCCAGUACUAUUAAAAUUGGAUCCAAGACCAAAAAAUACAGACCAAUUAUCUGUUUCCAUGUACGAGUCUGUGAUUGAUUUAGUUAAUGGAGAAGCUACUAUGCUAUUUGUUCCAUUGACUUAUACAUUAGCUACAGAAGAAGCAGAAAGGAUUGGAGUUGAUCAUGUUGCAAGAAUGUGCAGUAACGAACAGGGAGAAAGUUCUUUAGUGGCAGAACAUUUGGCAGCUCAACAUAGUGCUAUCAAAAUGUUACAUUCGAGAGUAAAAUUAGUAUUAAGAUAUGUACAAGCAGUACAAAAUGGUGAAUUAAAAGGAAAUCAUGAAGUAUUAAGAGCAGCCUGUUCUCUUGGAUAUCGUUUACCUGUUUUAAAUAAUCCUAAAUUUAGAGCUGACUUUUAUAAUCAAUGCAAUGAUUUUGGUCUGAUGACAUACUUGGGUAUUAUAACCAAAGGUUGCAAUAAUAUAAAUCAAUUUGUAAACAAAUUUAAUAUACUCUAUGAUAGACAAGGUGUUGGUCGGCGUUUGCGAAGUUUGUUUUUUUGAUAAGUGAAUGGAACUUUUUGUUUUUUUUUUUUUUUUAUACUUUCCUUUUCUUACAUCUAAUUAAGAUAAUAAACUCAGGAUUUGGAAAAUGAAAUCAUCAGUGCAAUUGGUGAGUAAAUUUUGCAGAAUGAUGGAGUAUAUUGUAUUGAAUAUGGAAUAAAGCUCUACUAAGCAGGUACACUUAA